AUUUGCUAGUCAGUCAUGGAAUAUUUAUAUAAGUUGUUAGUUACGUUGCUCUGUUUGGGUCCGAUCUGCUGGAGCAGCCAGGCGGCUGUUGUGGACCUGGAGAGAGCGAGCGGCUCUCGUGAUUGGUGGCAGGUGGCGCAGUUUUAUCAGAUCUAUCCGCGCUCAUUCAAGGACUCCAAUGGCGAUGGCAUUGGUGAUCUGCAGGGCAUCAUCUCCAAGCUGGACUAUCUCAAGGAUCUGGGCGUGACGGCCACUUGGCUAUCGCCCAUUUUUACCUCACCUAUGGCUGAUUUUGGCUAUGAUAUUGCCGACUUCUAUGAUAUUCAGGCAGAGUAUGGCACACUGCAGGAUUUUGAUGAACUGAUUGCAGCAGCCAAGGAGCGUGGACUGAAGAUUAUCCUGGACUUUGUGCCCAAUCAUUCGAGUGAUGAGAAUGUUUGGUUCCAAAAGUCCGUUAGGCGCGAGAAGGGCUACGAGGAUUACUAUGUGUGGCACGAUGGGUAUCUCAAUGCCACUGGCGACCGGCAGCCGCCAUCCAAUUGGCUGCAGGCCUUUCGAGGCAGCGCCUGGGAAUGGAAUGAGCAACGUGGACAAUAUUAUCUACACCAGUUUGCGGUCAAGCAGCCCGAUCUCAACUAUCGCAAUCCAGCGGUCGUCGCCCAAAUGAAACGUGUUCUCACCUAUUGGAUGGAUCGUGGCGUGGCCGGCUUUCGCAUUGAUGCCGUACCCUGGUGUUUUGAGGUGCUGCCCGACUCUGAGGGCCGUUAUCCGGACGAGCCACUGAGUGGAUAUACAGAUGAUCCAGAUGAUUCCUCCUACUUGAAGCACAUCUACACGCAGGAUCUGCCCGAAACUGUGGACAUGGUCUAUCAGUGGCGUCAACUGCUCGACGAUUAUCAGCGCGUGCAUGGCGGCGAUACUCGAGUCCUCAUGGUGGAGACCUAUUCAAACCUGGACUAUGUCAUGCAAUUCUAUGGAGAUCACACCACGAAGGGCGCUCAGAUACCAUUCAACUUUCAGUUCAUUGUCGGCGGUCAGGGUGACAAGAACAACACACAAAUGAAUGCAGGCGGUUUUGUGAAGAUCAUCAAUAGCUGGAUGAGCCAGAUGCCAGCCGGGCAGACAGCCAAUUGGGUGAUGGGCAAUCACGAUCAGCGUCGCGUUGGCAGCCGUUAUGGAGAGCAGCGCAUCGAUUUGAUGAACAUGCUGCAAAUGUUCCUGCCGGGCGUGAGCAUUACAUAUCAGGGUGAGGAGCUGGGCAUGACUGAUUUGGAUAUCAGCUGGGAGGACACACGUGAUCCGGCUGCCUGCAAUUCGAAUCCGGAGAUUUACGAGCAGUUCACGCGAGAUCCGGCGAGAACGCCCUUCCACUGGAGCAGCGAGUUGAACGCGGGCUUCUCCACAAGCAGCAAAACAUGGCUGCCCAUCAAUCCCAACUAUGUGUCGGUUAAUGUGGCAACAGAGAGUGCCGCUGAUUCGAGUCAUCUCAAGCUGUACAAACAGUUGGUGCAGCUGCGUCAACUGAAGACGUUGCAAUAUGGUGCAACGAGAUAUGCGGCUAUCAAUGAUAAUGUGUUGGCCAUUAAGAGAUCGCUGAGUGGACAGCAAAGCUAUGUGCUGGUGGCCAAUGUGCUGGACACCAGUGUCAGUGGAGUUGAUGUGGCCAGCGUACUUUAUGCCUCGGGCAACUAUAAGAUCAAGCUGCUCAAUCCGGAAGCCAAGGCCAGUGUUGGGGAUAGCGUCACAUUAAACAACCUUACAUUACAGCCAUACGCGGCUUUGAUUGUGGAGUCUGUUUAGGUGUCCUUCAAAUUAUAUGCCUUGUCAUAAGUUAACCAAAAUAAUAUGAAUAUAAAUAUAAAUAUAUAUAUACAUAUAUA